AUGAUAUAUGAAGGUCAAAAAGUUAUAUUUAAUCAUACAGAAUAAUAUUAAUUAUUAAGGCAAAUAUAAAACUAAGACGAAAAUUAAACUAAAAAGCAUGAAGAAGGAGAUCGUCCGUUUUCAAUUCGUUUAGCAAAGUAUUUAUUAAUAACCGGUGCUGGGGAUAUCUUAGAUGGGGUUAAUGCUCUAUUUUCUUUGAUUUUUGUAAUGCUUCAUGCAGUAGAUACUUAUAGUUGGCCUACUACUAACGAAGAUUUCUAAGAACCAAAUCCUUAUAUAGUUAUUAUAGAAAUUGUUCUUAUUGUUUAUUUUAUACUUGCCUAUUUAAUUAAUUUCUAUAUAUCAGAAAACAGGAUUUUUUAUGCGUUUAAUUAUAUUCAAAUUCUCGAAUAUGUUAGUAUUGUUCCUACUUUAUUAUUAAGAAUGGGCUUAUUAGCAUAAAAGAAAUUAGAGCCAAUUCUUUCUCGUAGAGCAAGUGAUGUAACAAGAAAUAUGUUCAAAAUUUUAUUCACAUUAUUUUCUAUAAUGGUGGAAGCCAGUUCAUUUUUAAUGGUAGUUGAAAAAUAAGGAAACUUAUUUCAUGAUUAUUUAUAUUUCACAGUAGUAACUAUGUCCACAGUAGGAUUUGGAGAUAUAUAUCCACAUGAAGAAUUAGGAAGAGUAAUAGCUAUAAUAACAAUUUUGAUAUUAUUAAUGUAUAUUCCGACUUAAAUAGAAGCUUUAUCAAAAUCAUUAAAAUAAACAAGUAAAUAUGCAACGAAUAAAUUCACAAAAAAAAGCUCAGAUUUAAACCAUAUUUUAAUUUUAGGAAAUACAUAAUUAGAAGGAUAUAAAACUUUUUUAUCAGAAUUAUAUCAUUAAGAUCACGGAGUAACUGAAAUACCUACAGUAAUAAUGAAGCCACAUCAUCCGAAUGAGGAAAUGUAGAAGAUUUUAUAAAAAAACCAUUUAUAAACUAAAUUAACUUAUUUAUAUGGAAAUCCGUUAAAUUCAGAAGAUUUGAAACGCGCUUAAACCGAAAAUUCCUAAUGUGUGAUAAUCCUAGCAGAUAAAAUGACCAAAGACGCUGAUGAAGAAGACAAAAGAAAUAUAAUGUACACUUUAGCAGUGAAAUAAUACGUAUAGAGUAUGUGCUAAAAUGAUAUAAGAGUAUGUGUAUAGCUUUUAAAACCGGAAUUAAAGGACAUCUACUUCGAAUCUUUAAAUCAGGGAGAAAUUGACUAGGUAAUUUGCGUUGAUGAAUUAAAGCUUUAUCUAUUAUCAAAAACAUGCCUAUGCCCAGGAAUAAAUACUAUUAUAAGUUUCCUUAUUACUUCAGAUAAACCAGGAACGAAUGUAAUUGAUAGAAAAGAUGAAGAUUCAUGGAUUAAUGAUUAUAUUAGAGGGAUGCAGAAUGAAAUUUAUAGAGUUCCUUUAGAACCUGAUGUAUUUGCAGGAUAUACUUUUUGCUAGAUUUCACAGGCGAUUUUCAAAGAGUUGGAAAUUAUACUUUUUGCGUUAGAAGUGAGUGUUUUAGGGGAAACCAAAGUAUUUGUUAACCCGGCAGAUUAUCUUUUUUAAGAUUAUGUUCAUCAUGGGUAUGUUAUUGCGUCUUCAUGUCCUAAUAUUAAAGAAUUAUAGAAAGUUAGCUUUGAAAAUAUUCCGAAAAAUCAUAAUUAUCCUAAUAUACCUAAAAAUAUGCCUGGACCGUCUAAUUUAAAAUCUCUUUUAUAAACAGAAUAAGACUCCAAAUAUAAAGCUUUUUAUUAAAAUAAAUAAGGAUAACAUACAUUAUAAUUAAAUUAAAAUACAGAUAAGAAAUUUGAAAAUCAUUAUAUAGUAUGUGGAAUUGUUUCAGGAAUGAAACAUUUAUUAAUGCCUUUAAGAGCCCGUUCUUUAAAAACUAUACACCCAAUAAUUAUUUUAAAUAAUGAUUAUAUGCCUUCUGAAUUAUGGAAUCAAAUAAACCACUUCCCAAAGGUAUAUUGUCUACAAGGUUCUCCUUUAAAAUAAGAAGAUUUAGAACGAGCAUGUGUAGGAAAAGCUUUGGCGCUUGUGAUAUUAUCGAAACCGCGAGAACAUGUAUCAAACAAUUCAGGUAUGGUUGAUGCGGAUACUAUUUUUAUAUAUAAGACAGUAAAAUAUAUGAACCCGAAAAUAUAAAUAAUUACGGAACUGGCAUCUAUGGCUACUAUAUCAUUUUUGAGUUAAUCCAAAAAUAAUUAUAUUAAAUAAAUAGGACAUAUAGCGAGCGAGCCGUUUGCCUCAGGAGAAAUUUAUAUUUCUACAAUGCUUGAUACUUUGAUUUGUUAGGCAUAUUAUAACCCAUUUAUUAUAAAUAUUUUAGAUUAAAUGAUUAUGGGAGGAGCCACUCUUAAUGCUAAAGCGAAAAGACUUUAUAGUCUUUUAAGAUUGUAAACAGGAAAUUUAUUUCUUAUUAAUAUUCCUAUAUCUAAAUAAGGGAAGACUUUUGGAGAAUUAUAUGAUGAACUUAUUAUGGAAUAUAAAAUGAUACCUAUAGGAUUGUAUAAAGGAGCUUAUGUUAAUAAAAAUAUUAAACCAUAUGUUUAUUUAAAUCCACCUUCUGAUCAUAUUUUAAAUAGUAAAGAUUAGGUUUAUGUUUUAUCUAUUAAAUAACCAAAAGAAAAAAUGGCAGAUUAAAAAGAAGAUGAUAAUAAAUAACUAAAUAAUUAAUUCCCAAAUAUUAAUUUAAAAAGUAAAUUAUAAGGUGAGGAAGGUAGAACAGAUAUUGAUAUUGCGAGAUAAUUAUUUAAAUUAAGUUAAGAAAUUAGUAAUUUAAUUUAAGAUGUGAAUUAAAUUAAUGAAAAACAAUUCCAUAGAAAUCUUUCGAAACCAGAAUUAAUUCCUUAGUUAAGAUCUUUGUUCAAAUAUGAAAUGUCUAACUUAAACAUUCAACAAAAUUUAUAUUGA